CACCAGGGAGUACAGACAACGGAACUCCCGCAGGAGACGGUCUUUAUCAAAUACAAAGAAGCCGAUGAUAACUUAACUAUACACCUGAGGGACAGAGGACAACUUUACUGACUCACGUGAUCUAGAUCAGAGGACAACUUUACUAACUCACUUGAUUUUGGACAACUUUAUGAAAUACUAAAACUAGGAGAGAUGUAGAGAGCUUCACUAGACUGAUCACAUCUGGAAAAGGAUUGCCGUUGAAAGCCUCAAAGAAACGAAGAUGUGACUGGAUAUCGUAACAAAACACCUGUCAAUCAAGAGAAUACCACCUUUAACGCCCAAAACAUUGAAGUUUUAAGGAAAGAUUUACCUUCAGAAUAUCAACCACAACUAAAAGAAGUGAAACUCAGAUCCUAAACAGGAGAGAAGCUCCAUUUCUACCAGGCAGUUUUAAAGAGAUUAACCUGAACAAAUCACAAAUAAUCUUUAGCUGAAAAACCCACCGUUGCAAGAGGAGCCUACAUAGAAGAGAGGACACUGCUUUUGGAAAAGACGUGUGUCCAUAUGGAGUGUAUGCGUAGACCUAAGAAAAGGACGACUGUGAAGAAGGCAUCGAUGGCAGGCGGAUCCAGGAAGUGCCACCCAGCGUGUAUGUAAACAAAGUGCCAUGCCCAUGUUACGACCAGCCUGGCACAGAGGAGGGUGGUGGACACAAGGGAGUACCACAGUCUCUCCCUUACUCAUACUGCUCCUCUCCAGUCUGCAGGAUCCCCCAUUAGCUGAUGCCAUGAAGCUGACGCUUAAGGAGUUGAUCUCUAAAAGGAAUGAAUAUAGGGAGAACUGCACCAGGAUUUUAGCAGAAAGCUACUUCUCAGGAACUGGAACCUACUGUAACGGGACGGUUGACCUAUUUGUGUGUUGGCCCCACUCAGCUCCUGGUAACGUGUCAGUGCCCUGUCCUUCUUACCUCCCCUGGGUCACAGAGGAUGACUCCAGGAGUGUGUACAGGCAGUGUCUGUCCAAUGGGAGCUGGCGACUCCAGGAGAAUUCUUCGGAAGCCUGGCGGGACCAGAGAGAAUGCGAUGAGAAACGUUUCUUUGAAGCCGAGGAGAAUGAGGUGUUUCGCCAAGGAGCACUGAGGGUUAUCUCCAUCGUCGGCUACGGUCUGUCCCUCUUCUCCCUCUCUCUGGCCACUCUCCUCAUGGGCAUUCUCAGGAAGCUCCACUGUACGAGGAACUACAUCCACAUGAAUCUGUUUGUGUCGUUCAUGAUGAGAGCCAUAGCCGUUUUCAUAAAGGAGAUCGUUUUACAUGUCAUGUACACCAAGCUACCCAUUGACGACCCAGGGUGGAACUCAUACUCCAACUCAGUGAUAGCGGUGGUAUGUAAGGCCUCCCGGAUGUCCAUGGAGUAUUUUGUAGCCUGUAACUACUUCUGGCUCCUGGUGGAAGCCAUCUUCCUCCACACUCUCCUCUUCACCGCCGUCCUCACCAAGAGACGGCUGCUCAAGAGAUACAUGCUCAUUGGCUGGGGUACUCCAUUCGUGUUUGUGGUACCAUGGACAGUUACCAAAGUUUUAUUUGAAAAUGAAGGGUGCUGGGCCAAUCAGGAUAGAUGGAUCUGGUGGAUAAUAAGAGGUCCGAUCACUGUAUCUGUGUUGGUCAUUUUCUACAUAUUCAUCAAAAUACUAAUGCUGCUGCUCUCAAAGUUAAAAGCAGACCAAGUGAGAUUCACAGACUACAGAUACAGCUUGGCCAGGGCUACACUAGUCCUGAUCCCUUUACUGGGAAUCCACGAGGUGGUUUUCACUCUCCUGAUUGACGAGUGUGUGGAGGGAAACACCCGCUAUGCCAGGAACGUCAUCAACCUCACCCUCAGCUCCUUCCAGGGAUUCUUGGUUUCUGUGCUGUACUGCUUCGCCAAUGGAGAGUUCCAGGCGGAGCUGAAGAAGCACUGGCAGCUCUUCCGGUUUACGAACCACUUCCAGGUCACGCCCUGUAUUGACUACCGGGAUGCGCCCCUCAAACACCUGUGGAAGUGCUCCAGAGGCCGACGCUCCCAUCAAAACAAAUCAUAUGAGGAGGAGGAGGGUGGGCCUGCCACACACUCACACCUGCUGCAGGUGGCCUGGCAGGGGGACAGAGGAGGGGGAGAAGGAGGGGCGGUGGCAGGGUGGAGAGGAAGGGGGAGAGAAAUGGGAGGAUUGGAGUUCCACACCAGGAAGAGUUUGUCAGGUAGUGACGGAGAGAUGACGCUGGGAGAGACCAUGGAGGAGAUACUGGAGGAGAGCGAGUUCUGACCUCCUUUUCUCUCCAGACUGCUAUGAACUGUUACGGGGCCUCGUUUCAUUAUCAAAUCAAAAACAUCUAAUCAAAUCAAAUGUAUUUAUAUAGCCCUUCGUACAUCAGCUGAUAACUCAAAGUGCUGUACAUAAACCCAGCCUAA